GUGGUGUUAGCCUAAGAUGGUGUUGGCGCUGGUGGUCGGAGUGCUGUGCGUGUGGGGCCGCCUAAGCGACGCGAACCCUGAAGCGAAGCGGCUUUACGACGACCUCCUGUCCAACUACAAUCGACUCAUCCGGCCAGUCGGCAACAACUCAGAUCGGCUCACUGUCAAGAUGGGGCUAAGGCUCAGUCAGCUCAUCGAUGUUAAUCUUAAGAAUCAAAUCAUGACAACGAACGUGUGGGUAGAACAGGAAUGGAAUGAUUACAAGCUGAAAUGGAACCCUGACGACUACGGUGGUGUGGACACGUUGCAUGUGCCUUCAGAACACAUAUGGCUGCCAGAUAUCGUGCUUUACAACAACGCUGAUGGCAACUACGAAGUGACGAUAAUGACGAAGGCGAUCCUCCACCACGACGGCAAAGUGGUCUGGAAGCCGCCCGCCAUUUACAAGUCCUUCUGCGAGAUCGACGUUGAGUAUUUUCCGUUCGACGAGCAAACCUGCUUCAUGAAGUUCGGAUCUUGGAGCUACGACGGGUACAUGGUCGAUCUGAGGCAUUUAAAACAGUCGCCCGACUCGGACCACAUUGGAAUGGGAAUAGAUUUGUCAGAAUAUUACAUCUCAGUUGAAUGGGACAUCAUGCGGGUCCCAGCAACGAGAAACGAAAAGUUUUACUCUUGCUGUGAAGAACCAUACCCGGAUAUUAUCUUUAAUAUCACGCUCAGACGAAAAACUCUGUUCUACACAGUCAAUCUUAUUAUUCCCUGCGUUGGAAUUUCCUUCUUAUCGGUUCUAGUAUUCUAUUUGCCUUCUGAUUCAGGAGAGAAGAUUUCACUUUGUAUUUCAAUCCUCCUAUCUCUCACUGUGUUCUUCUUGCUGUUAGCAGAAAUUAUACCACCCACGUCACUUACGGUUCCGUUGCUUGGAAAAUAUUUGUUGUUCACAAUGAUGCUAGUUACGCUAUCGGUAGUUGUCACUAUCGUCGUACUCAACAUAAAUUUUAGGUCGCCCGUAACCCACAAUAUGGCCCCAUGGGUGAGGAAAGUCUUUAUAGAUUUUUUACCCAAAAUAUUAUUCAUACAAAGGCCUGAAAAACCACCUGAUGACGACGAUGAUAACGAUAAACCCAGCGAGAUACUCACGGAUGUUUUUGGCCCAGACGAUAUGGAUGGGAAAUUCAAGGAGUGGGGUUGCGAGGAAUACGAUUUACCGGGGAUGCCCCCUUCACCACCACCUCCUCCAGGAGGGGACGAUGAGCUGUUCUCUCCACCUCCAGGAUCCCCAUGCCGUCUGGACCUUGACGAUGGUAGCCCUUCUUUAGAAAAGCCGUACGUCAGAGAAAUGGAAAAAACUAUCGAAGGUUCUAGGUUUAUAGCGCAACAUGUCAAAAAUAAGGAUAAAUUUGAAAGCGUUGAAGAUGACUGGAAAUACGUAGCGAUGGUUUUAGACAGGAUCUUUCUAUUCCUGUUCACGAUAGCAUGCGUUCUCGGUACGGCGCUCAUCAUAUUUAGAGCACCAACAUUCUACGAUAAUACGAAACCUAUCGACAUUCUAUACUCCAAAAUAGCGAAGAAGAAGUUAGAGCUGCUCAAAAUGGGCUCAGAAGGAGACCCCGGUCUCUGAAAUUCGUCUUACGUCUUCGGCC